AAUUCUCAGUCCAAACAAUCUCUAUUCAUGCUCUGAGUAUACUGGCUAGUUAAUUCAAAUAGCUAGCAAUGGAGAUUCAAGAAAACCCGACGCCGGAGAAAGAGAGCAAACGGGCCGGGCACAGCGGCCCACAUGUGACCGGCAGCAAGAUGAUGAGGAGUGACAGCAGCAGAAGCGCAAGGUUCAUGCGAGACGAUCAGGACUAUGUGGAAGUGACACUGGAUGUUUGCGACGACGACACCUUUGUUCUUCGGAACAUUAGAGGAGCUGAUCAGCGUGGAUCGGCAAGGCUCUCUAGCCGACCAUCUCUUGCUUCUCAACUCUGUUUUAAGCUCAAGAAAGUCUCACAUGAACUGAGGCGCAUGAAAUCUUCCUUGAGCUUCAAGACGGUCGACAGGCCAACCAAGCCGGGUGUUGCUGGUGCCCUUAAGGGACUCAAGUUCAUGACCAAAAAUUUGUGCAGUGAAGGUUGGCAGGAGAUUGAAAUGAGGUUCGAUCAAUUAGCCGUAGAUGGUACUCUUUCUAAAUCGGUCUUUGCUCAAUGCAUAGGGAUGAAGGAGUCGAGUGAGUUCGCGUGCGAGGUGUUUGAUGCAUUGGCUCGUCGGAAAGGAAUAACAUCAUGUUGUGUGACCAAGGAAGAGUUGAGAAAAUUUUGGGAACAAAUUUCAGAUCACAGCUUCGAUGCCAGGCUUCAGACGUUCUUCGACAUGGUGGAUAAAAAUGCAGAUGGUAGAAUAUCAGAAGAAGAGGUGAAAGAGAUUAUUACAUUAAGUGCCUCUGCUAAUAAUCUGUCAAAAAUUCUUGAACAAGCUGAGGAAUAUGCAGCACUAAUCAUGGAAGAGUUUGAUCAUGACAAUCUUGGAUAUAUUGAUUUGUACAACUUGGAAAUGCUACUUCUUUCAGGCCCAACCCAGUCUUCCAACCUAGAAACAGACACCCACAUUCAGAGCCGGUUGCUAAGUGAAAAACUGGUUCCAACCCAAGAGCACAACCCUAUAAGGCGGUGGUGCCGGCGGCUGUCCUACUUCGUUGAGGAUAAUUGGAGGCGGAUUUGGGUCAUUGUGCUAUGGCUUUUGAUAUGCAUGGGACUCUUUGCUUGGAAAUUCAUUCAGUAUAGAAAUAGGGAGGUCUACCAUAUAAUGGGCUACUGUGUGUGCAUUGCCAAAGGUGGAGCUGAGACCCUGAAGUUCAACAUGGCCCUGAUUCUUCUACCAGUAUGCAGAAAUACAAUCACUUGGCUAAGAAGCAAGACCAAGUUCGGGGGUGUAGUUCCCUUUGAUGACAACAUCAAUUUUCACAAGGUGAUCGCCUUUGGGAUUGCAAUAGGGGUCGGUCUACAUGCAGGUUCUCAUCUUACAUGCGACUUUCCCAAGCUACUGCACUCGACUAACGAUCAAUAUGACAAGAUGAAGCCAUUUUUCGGCAAAAAAAGACCGGAUGACUACUGGUGGUUUGUGAAGGGAACUGAGGGCUGGACUGGGGUGAUUAUGGUGGUACUAAUGCUAGUUGCAUACACAUUGGCGCAACCAUGGUUCCGUCGCAAUCGCCUAAGAAACCUCCCUAAAACCCUGAAGAAACUCACAGGAUUCAAUGCGUUUUGGUACUCACACCAUCUAUUUGUCAUAGUGUACAUCCUCUUUAUUGUCCAUGGAUACUUUCUCUACCUCUCCAAGAACUGGGACACGAAAACAACAUGGAUGUAUUUGGCUUUUCCGAUCAUAAUGUAUGCAUCUGAGCGCUUACUUCGCGCUUUCAGAUCAGGCUACAAAACUGUUAAGAUUUUAAAGGUCGCUGUUUACCCAGGAAAUGUUUUGGCAUUGCAUAUGUCUAAACCGCAAGGACUAAAAUACACUAGUGGGCAGUACAUUUACAUAAAUUGUUCUGUUAUUUCACCAUUUCAAUGGCAUCCAUUCUCGAUUACUUCAGCUCCAGGAGAUGACUAUCUAAGCGUUCAUAUUCGCACCUUGGGUGAUUGGACAUCUCAGCUCAAAUACAUAUUCUCUCAGGUCUGUCAACCUCCUUCUAUAGAACAUAGUGGUCUUCUAAGAGCUGAUGCUGAACCGGCCAAUAAUAUCCAAACGAGGAUGCCGAGACUCCUUAUUGAUGGUCCAUAUGGUGCACCAGCACAAGACUACAAAAACUAUGAGGUUAUCCUACUUGUAGGACUUGGAAUUGGAGCAACUCCACUAAUAAGCAUACUUAAAGAUGUUCUUAACAACAUUAAGCGACAAAAAGAAUUAGAAGCUCAAAUUUUGGCAGAAAAUGGUGUUAAAAGAAAGUCUAGUUCUUUUGUAACGAGACGAGCUUAUUUUUAUUGGAUCACUAGAGAGCAAGGCUCUUUUGAGUGGUUUAGGGGUGUAAUGAAUGAAGUGGCGGAGAAUGACCUAGAUGGCGUCAUUGAGCUUCACAACUACUGCACAAGUGUUUAUGAAGAAGGAGAUGUUAGAUCUGCUUUUAUUACUAUGCUUCAAUCAAUAAAUCACGCCAAAAAUGGUGUAGAUGUUGUUUCAGGAACUAGGGUGAAGACGCAUUUUGCUAGACCAAAUUGGCGUAAUGUUUUUAAGUAUGUGGCUGUGAGACACCCUGAUCAAAGAGUUGGGGUGUUCUAUUGCGGUGCGCAUGGAUUAGUUGGGGAAUUAAAGAGGCUAGCUCAGGAUUUUUCAAGAAAAACUGAGACCAAGUUUGAUUUCCACAAAGAGAACUUUUAGUUACACCCUAGCCAUAGAUCUCUUUUAGGAUAUAUUAGGGUAUACAUACAUGUAAUCUAUAAGCAUUAUUGAUAUCAUUCAUAAUUCCUUCAAAUUAUUCUGUUCAUCAAAUCUUCCAAGCUGUAUAGUUGCAAACUAGAAUAUAAUGAAGCUGGUGGUUACUGAAU